CCAGAGCACCGGGCUGAGUGAGGUGCACCUCAGUCACUCGCGGAGCUGCAGCAUCCCGUCAUCCAUCCAUAUCCGUCCGCAGCUCCGCAACCACCACCGUCGAUGAACUUCGACGACUCACCUCCCCAGACACACAACCCCACCACCCACGGAGCAGACCGCGAUUCACCGCACAUUGGCCGGCUACAACCCCUCAGCCCGGGCCAGAUUUCUUGAAAAAGGGAACGCAUCUCGCAACCUGCGCGGCACAUCGACUUCGUCUCCCGCCCCGCCAAGGACACCACCACACAGACAGAAGCGAAGGCCCAACGCUGCCUCGUCGCCCACCAUGUUGCUCCGUCUGCGCGGGCCCGACGGCAUGGCCCGCGUGACGUGCGAGACCGGCACGACUUUUGGCGAGCUGGGCAAGCUGUUGCUCCCCCAGCUGCCCAACACUGUCGAUCCGAAGACCAUCACUAUGUCCAACUCUCCGACUGGUGGAGACGCGAAAAGCCUAUCCGACAUUGCCAACUUCAAGGUCGGCCAGAUUGGACUGAAGCACGGAGACCUCAUUUUCAUCAGCUACAAGCAUCUGGGGGCCGAAAGCGCCGCCAUGAACGGCGACGCCCCGCCGCAGGUGACGUCGGCAAGACUCAGCGGCAAGCCGGUCCUACCCACCGAAGACGUGCCGAUCGACCCCAAGCCCGAGCGGAUAUCGAAGCCUUGGGAAGUCGUACGGCAGUCCGCUCUCGAUGACCGGUUAGACAAGCUCGAUGGGAAAAUUGUCCGAGGCCGCGACCGGAUGUGUCGCCACGGGCCCAAGGGCAUGUGCGACUAUUGCCAGCCGUUGGAUCCCUUCGACCCGGCCUACCUUGCAGAGAAGAAGAUCAAAUAUCCUUCAUUCCACUCGCACCUCCGGAAGAUCAACGCCUCCACUAAUAAACCUGAGCUGGGAAGCUCGUACAUACCGCCCUUGGUAGAGCCGUUCUACCGGGUCCGGCGGGACUGUCCGACGGGCCAUCCGCCGUGGCCAGAGGGCGUAUGCACCAAGUGCCAGCCAAGCGCCAUCACAUUGAACCCGCAACCGUUUCGAAUGGUUGAUCACGUGGAAUUUGCGUCACCUUCCAUCAUAGACAGCUUCAUCGACUCGUGGCGAAAGACGGGAGCCCAACGCAUAGGCUUCCUAUACGGACGCUACACCGAGUACACCGAGGUCCCCCUCGGCGUGAAGGCCAUUGUCGAGGCCAUAUACGAGCCACCCCAGGUCGACGAGCUCGACGGCAUCACCAUGAAUGCGUGGGAGAACCAAAAAGAGAUCACUCAGGUCGCCAAACUCUGUGGCCUCGAGCCGGUUGGUGUCAUUUGGACAGAUCUCUUGGAUGCCAGCCGCGGAGACGGCUCUGUCAUUUGCAAGCGCCACGCUGACUCCUACUAUCUGUCCUCUCUGGAAGUCUGCUUCUCUUCGAGACUGCAGGCCCAACACCCAAAGUCAUCCAAAUGGAGCGACACGGGUCGCUUCGGGUCCAACUUCGUCACGUGCAUCAUCACGGGCAAUGAGCAGGGCGAAAUCGCCGUGUCAUCGUAUCAAGUGUCCAACGAUGCCGUGGAGAUGGUGCGGGCGGACAUCGUGGAGCCGUCGGCCGACCCGACGGUGAUGCUCGUUCGCGACGAGGAAGAGGACGACGGGUCCGUCAGCCGCACGAGAUAUAUCCCCGAAGUCUUUUACCGCAGGAAGAACGAAUAUGGUGCCAACGUACAAGAGAACGCCAAGCCGUCGUUUCCCGUCGAGUAUCUCUUCGUCACUCUGACCCACGGCUUCCCCGCCAACCCGAAACCAACCUUUACGCAGACAGGUUUUCCCAUCGAGAACCGCGAGUACAUUGGAGAGAGCCAGGAGCACUCUGCGCUAUCCAAGGCGCUCAAGAUGGGCCCUGGCAUGAAGCCCAGUGACGGCUUCCAGGAGGUGUCGAACUUCCAUCUGCUGUGCUUCCUGCACCAAAUGGGAGUACUGUCCAAGGAUGAGUUCGCACUCUUGUGCCGGGUCGCCAGCCAACACGACCUCGCCGACUCGUUCCAGCUACGAUCCACGGAGGGUUGGCAGACCCUCCAGGCCAUCCUCCAGUCGACCGGUGAGCGCAUCCCCAAACGUCCGAGGGACCGCACCGACGGUCCCGCGGCGUCGAACGGCGUCCCUGCCCGCGGAUCGGGUGAGCCCCUUACUAAAAGAUUUGCUGCCUUCAGGCUGAAUGAGCGUCGCACACCAAGCGAGGGGCCGUCGAAUGGACAAGGGCGUUGACCGCGCUGUCGGGAAAGGGGGCGCUGACGGGGAAUGGCGGACGGGUUGCGUGGCUGUUGAGUAUCGAUCGGGCAUUUGGCGGCGCUGACGGUGGUUGACGGAAACGGGCCUGAGGAUAUGCCUGAAGAAGGUUGCAUCUAGACCGGCGCUGCACGUUUUGGCAGCAGUCUGCGCAAUAGAACGCCGACUCGCAAAGGGGUCUAGUUUGGCAAGACAUUAUGUGAGGAGUUGCCAGCGCUCGUCGACUGUGACUUUACUUGUAUUCCUAGCCCACUCGAAGCUUUGCGAGACGGCAUGGUCGCGCCGAGGCGCGGGGGCCACGGCAUGACGCCCUCGCUAAACCUUUAGGGCUAGAUUUGAGCCCAUUCCUUUGCGAAUGGUACAUCAGUAGGAAUUGUUGGCUUUAGGAAGCCUAUAGCUCUCGUUGAGGCCGAGGCUGUUGAGGUCCGCGCUGGGGUACUUGGUGAAGACGGUCCUGACGUACUUCUUGCUGCUGUGGACGCGGCCCUCGAAGAUUGUGCCGGA